UAUGGACAGUCCCAAGGCACCCUCUAAAAACUAUGGACAGUCUUGAUGCACCCUCUAAAAUUAUGGACAGUCCCGAGGCACCCUCUAAAAUUAUGGACAGUCUUGAUGCACCCUCUAAAAUUAUGGACAGUCCCGAGGCACCCUCUAAAAUUAUGGACAGUCUUGAUGAACCCUCUAAAAUUAUGGACAGUCCCGAGGCAUCCUUUAAGGUUAUGGACAGUCCCAAGGCACCCUCUAAAAUUAUGGACCGUCUUGAUGCACCCUCUAAAAUUAUAUACAGUCCCGAGGCACUCUCUAAAAUUAUGGACAGUUCCGAGGCACUCUCUAAAAUUAUGGACAGUCCCGAGGCACCCUUUAAAAAUAUGAACAGUCCUGAGGCACCCCAUUCUAAAAUCUGUACACUCAAGGCAACCAGUAAAACCUCAAUAAAU